AGCAGUCCUCCGAGUUUCAAGCUGAAUCAUCUACUUAGUAUACACUACAACAGACUACUUCCUAAGCCCCCGUUCCAAUAAGACGAGGUAUGUAUGCAGGGAUUGACAAUCAUCCUCAGUCUCCCCUACCCUUUCAAAUCCACAAAGGAUCUCAAAGCACAGACCUCACUAUAUUUCCAUAUUUCAUUCCUGACAUCCUCCAGAAGAAAGACCUUCUACUUUCCACCAUUUUUGAACUUAUUGCUUUUAUUGGUGGUAACGAUCAGAUAGGGCUAUGUGGAUGGGGUUUUUCUGAGCAUCUUAGGUCAACUGCGGAGCCUCCAGGCUCCAGGUUACUUGAUCAACGGAGAGGGUUUUUUGGGACUCGUAUAUUUUCAUCUAUCCAUCCAAUAUGUACACAAAACUUCAGAAUGUGGCACGCAAUUCAGCGAGAAAUAAGGAGAUAUGAGGUGAGACAGGAAAACGGUAGAAGAAGUAAAAGCAAAAUAGCAUCUAGAUUCAUGUCUUUCCUCGUAAUCCGGGUACAUGUCGCUAGGUAUGUAUGGUUAGAGGCUAAGGGAAGCAGCAUAAGAUAAGAGGUAGAUGUGCUAGUGAGCUCAUCCGAUGUAGGGAAUAGACACAAAACACCGCUCAUGGAAGAUGUAUCCCGCAUCAGAUAGUUAAAUAGUGGAAGGGUGAAAGCGUAGUAUGAGUGGCAGAUGGGGUAUGGCAGCUUGAAUAAUCGAGGCGAACAGAAAAGAGGGGUAUCUAUUAAAAGCUGCUGCUGACCAUUGUGAGCAUCACCAUUGAUGUCUUUUCUAGCUAGU